GGAAGACAGGAGCUUGCUAACGUCACAGGUGCAACCAUCAGCUACCGAAACGCAUUUGACAGGUAGACAUACAAUCAGUAUGAACGAAAUGUGGUGAGACUAUGCAGUCAGGGUACAUGGAAAUGACUGGCAAGCUUUAACACAGAGGUUGACCGUUGACCGUGCAGGGUUAAUGGACAUCACGGGACUAGGAUGUUGGUGAACAGAGUGAAGACAAGAUCGUUGCUGAGGCGUGGAAGGGUGGGCCAGAGUAAUCAGGUCAAGCGUGCAACCAAAUCAGAGAGACAUGAAACAAAUGGAUUGGAGUGAAGACUGAUCAAACGGCACUCCUCAUCAGUGGGCUCAGUCAUGCUUCUGUAUAAGAACACAUAAAACUCUUACCAUUCUUACUGCUUUAAUACAGUACUAGUGCUGGAUAUUCUUGUAAUUUUUAAAAAAUCAUACUUGAAUAUGGGUAUUUCCAGUAUGAAAAUUCAAAGGACAUUUCGGCGUCGGUCCAAAGGCCUACGCUUGUGGAUCAUGACAGGCGUGUUUUUAUUUGGAAUACUAAUUUUGUUUCCAUUGUCAUUGAUGUGGAGAGAUGCAGAUAAUGGCUUGGGCUCAGAAAAAGAAAAUUCUGGCAUUUUCUUCCUGGCACAGAAAGAAACUUUGUUUGGGCGGAAACUUUUGGCAUCAAACGAAACAGAAGAAAGAUCAGGGGUAUACCCUCAGGAUGCAUUUACGGAAGAGCAAAGGAAGAACGGAGCUGUGAUACUCCAUGUAUUUGGCAUGGUCUACAUGUUUGUGGCAUUAGCUAUUGUCUGUGAUGAAUUUUUUGUACCGUCUCUUGGAGUGAUAACGGACAAGUUGCAGAUCUCAGAGGAUGUGGCCGGAGCGACAUUUAUGGCAGCAGGAGGAAGUGCGCCAGAACUCUUUAUCAGCAUUUUUGGAGUGUUUCUCACCAGGGACAAUGUUGGGAUAGGGACCAUUGUAGGUUCUGCCGUCUUCAACAUUCUCUUUGUCAUUGGUAUGUGUGCGUUGUUUAGUAAGACAGUCUUAGCCCUCACCUGGUGGCCAUUAUUCAGAGAUGUAACAUUCUACAGCAUUGAUCUCAUCCUCUUGAUAUGCUUCUUCCUGGACAGAUAUAUUGACUGGUGGGAGGCGCUUAUCCUGCUCUUGUGUUAUGCUGCUUACGUCAUAUUUAUGAAAUUUAAUCACCAUGUGGAGAAAUGGGUAAAGGCUAAGCUGAACCGAAAAGUCCAAAGUAAAGUCAAAAGCACAGACAACCUACUAUCAGAGAAGCCUCAGAGGACGUGUAGUCUGCCCAUCCUCAAGUCAGGUAGUGCAAAGUUCCGUCAUGGAGUGCUCCAGUUGAUGAUCCAUACCAUCGAUCCUCUUGGGGAAGGUAAAAUUCAUGAGAAAGCCCAGCAACUGCAAGCAGUGACUCACUACAAAUCUGAGCAGGACGAACUCCAGAAUCAUAAGGAUCCAAACUCUGAUGACCCUGACAAACAGCUGGGCUUCACCAACCAGUCCUUCAGAGACGAUUAUGCCAAAGACAGUCCUGUCCAUGCCAUAUCUAACGGUAAACUGGACUUCAACGGGCACACUGUGUCCACCCCAGAGAGAAAUGCCAGUCAGCACACCACCAUGACCAGUGUGGAGUCUGUGAACAAGGGUUACAUGCAGACAGACAGACCUCUCAGUGCUCAGCAACCUGUUGCAGCUGAGGAUGGGGGCAUGUCUGUGCAUUGCAGUAGUGCCGGGACGCGGUCAGACAGGCCAGACAAGUCAGACUCUACCAGUCGGAGCAGCAGUGCCAGUGAGAGUCGAGAGGACUUGGAAGAUGAGAGUGAGCCUCUGGACCUGAGCUGGCCUCCCUUGUGGAAACAGAGGAUUACCUAUGUGCUGGUCAUUCCCCUUGUCUUCCUUCUCUGGCUCACACUGCCGGACGUCCGCAGGCCUGAAAAGAGGAAGUGGUACCCGGUCACAUUCAUAGGCAGUAUAUUGUGGAUUGGCGGUUUCUCCUUCCUCAUGAUCUGGUGGGCACAUGUAACAGGAGAAACAAUGGGUAUAUCUGAAGAGAUAAUGGGGCUGACAAUUCUCGCCGCUGGAACUAGUGUACCUGAUCUGAUAACCAGCGUAAUAGUGGCCAAAAAGGGCUAUGGAGAUAUGGCCGUGUCCAGUUCUGUAGGCAGUAAUAUCUUUGACAUCACUGUUGGGUUACCGUUUCCAUGGCUGUUGUCUAAUAUCAUCUACGGCACAUCUGUAAAUGUUGACAGUAAGGGUUUGGUUUGCUCCAUUGUUCUACUCUUUCUCAUGUUGAUGGCAGUGAUUGGCUCUAUAGCUGCCUUCAAGUGGAGGAUGUCAAAACUGUUAGGUCUCUCCAUGUUCCUUCUGUAUCUUAUCUUCAUCACUUUAAGCGUUUUAUUAGAGUUAACGUAUAUUAUAUGUCCUGUAAUAGUAUAACCUUGAAGAGAGGAAAUAUUUCUGCUUUAUAAGACUGUGUCAGAUUUCCAACAAUGUGAUAGACUGUUAACUAACCAAUUUAUGAAGGCCUAGGAAAUAAAUACAAGUAGAUCAUAGAAAAAAUGUGCGGACAAAUUUUCUAAGCCAGGUUUUCUCUGACAAAGGCUAUGACAUAUCUGGUCAUUGACCUGCAGCCUGUGAACUUACAGUUCAAAUUGACAUGUGAAUAAGUAUGUUCCAUUGCCUAUGGUGCAGACUGAUCUUUUUCCAUUGGCACUCUCACAUUUCUGCAUUUAGUAAUAAUGGACAAUGUAUUUAUGAAUCGUACAAGUAAUACACCAAAUUACUGAACUGAUAUACCAAUGAAAGUAGUAUCUCUUUGGCAGUUUGUGAGGAGUAACUGUUUCUUUUGUUUUGUUUUAAAGUGCUUUAAUUCUAAAUACUGUAAUGCAUCUAUUUAUGAGUUAUGUACAUAUAUUUGUGGUUUGCUCAGUUUUUUUUUUUGUUGGUACACUGCCUUGUUGCUCAUUCUAUAUGUUUUAUGUGUUUCAUUGUGUUUUUGUUUUGUUUUUGUAUUUUUCUUUUUUUGUCUACAUUCAUGUGUAUAUAGAGCCGAAAAGCUCUAUCAAAAAUAUUUAAAUUUUCUGUUACAUUGUUUUCCAUGAAAAGGAUACCUCAGCUUGGCCUUUGAGCAGAUCAUUAAUGUUUUGUUGUUGACCAUAUUAUUGCUGCUGUUAUCUAUAUUAAUCAGAUUAUAUAAAUAUAUAAAGGUGAUGAAAUAUUUGAUUUUGUAGAUUGUUUAAGGAUAGCCCUUGUCAUGACAUGUUUCUGUUAACUAGUUUUAGAACUUGAUCUGUCAAGCUACUGAUAGUAGCAUGUACAGUCAUACUGGUUACAGGCUAACUGGGUACUUGUACCUCAAACUUUGCUUCACUAAUCUAGACAACCUAUUCUUCAGCUUCGUACUCAGUUCUGCUAUGUCCCAGUUGCUAUUGUUUUAUGUUGACUACAUUUUAUAAGCAUUUUUAAAUGUCAAGGUCCAUAAACGUUUGGAUUACUCUGUACUUAUGUAUAAAUAUUAACAGUCAUAUUUGAAUUUCUGAUUAGAUGGUGGACUCAUUAUCAGUUAUCUGUAAUUGGCUCGUGUUUAUCCACACAUAUUACUUUCGUUUAUCCUUAAAAACAUAGAUGAUCCUAAAUUCAUUGGAAUCACUGAUGUAGAACCAUGACAUUUUUAUUUCUUUUCUAUCAUGUUACAUAACCUUGUCAUUGCUUGAAGUAAGUGUGGGCAAUUUUUAUCAGAAUCUCACAUUAGAUACUGACCCUUUCUUUAGAUUAGAUGGAUUUUCUAAUUGGAUAAAUUUUUAAGUAGUAUUAUCCUUUCAGUUCUUACUGCUCACAUGUUACAUGUAUGUUGCCUUUGUUUCAUAACAUGGACAUCACAUGCGUUUGACUGAAAAGUUGUGAUAUUCCCAUAUAUUAUCUCUGUUCUGCAAGAAUUACUCACACGUGAAGUAGUGAAUGUUGGAUUCAGUCAGAGCUGACAUCAGCUUGAUAUAAAGGGUUGUAAGUUUAGAGUGGACAAUGUGCUUGUUAUAUGCCAACAUUUGUAUAGUUUAGAAGCAUCAAAACCUCCCAAGCACAGUCUGUAUGGCCGAGUCUAGUGUGUAAUGUGGAAUAUCAUGCGUUUGUCUUAGCUCCCUUCUUUUAUAAAAAAACAUUUUGGUAUUCACUUCCCAUUGCUUUUAUCACGUGCAUUAUUAAUAUCCUUGUAUUUUCAAAGUAGAACACCAAUCAAUCAAAGUUGAUCACUGGAAAACAUAAAUAAAUGAAUUUUAUGAUUUAAAGCUUUCUGAAUAAAAAAUGAAUCAGUUUAAAAAACAUUUAAUGAGAAAUGAAAGAAAAAAAAAGGAUCCUCUAGACUGGAAUAGAACCUUUAAGUCCGAACACUACGUUUUUGUUUUUUACAUAUGUCUGUUUGGCAUAGUGUGAUGUAUCAUAUUGGGAGAUGUAUUGAUUGUGUUUGUGCGCACUAAGGUAGACAUUUGAUACUAGUACUAUCAACAUUUCAUUUUUCUGUUACCUCAAUCGUUGGUCAUUAGAACCAUUACCUUUAUAGUGGUUAGAAUUAUUUUUUCAUAUUUUUGUUUGCUAUAAUUGUGCAUUUUUUAUGUUCUUCAAUUUUCGUACAUGUGGAUGCAUUUGAUCUCGAGUACUGAUAAUUAUUUACCAGAUUGCCACUUAAGAUUAUUAUGUCCAAGGGUAACUCACUGGUCUAUGCGAAGAUCUACCCUCACUAGUCUGGUAGCGUAUGAGAUUUUCGUUCAGGUUACAACAGGGUACGUUUUGCAAUCCACAUUGAUGUCUAUAUUGUAUUGUAUAACAUCAGUUUACAACUAGAUACACAUGUAGUAUGUACACUACAUAGGGUAAUUUUGAAAACUGAACUAGUAUUGUCUAGUCCAAGACAUUGCCAAUGUACAUAAGAACAGGCCAAGAGCAUCCCUGAACAUUCAUAGGCAUCAUCCUUGAGGGACGUCAUGGACUUUUCUACAUACAGAUUUUUAAAGUAGUCUCAUAAAACUGAUUUUAUUGUGAUGGAUAUUUAUUUAUGCGGUGUUUUGCAGUUAACAGUUUAGCCUUGACUGUUUUUACCCUGGUGAUCUUUUGAUAACUUGACCUAAUUGGUAGUUCCGAUCCAGAGCUAUAUGAUUGCUUAUUUAUUAAUGUCUGUGAUGUAAAUUGUGAAACGAACUUGAUAAGUGGUCACAUUUGUUCAAAACCGUGAUGAUAAUUUUGCGUUGUGUUAUAAAUCCUUAGUGGAAUAGUCCUUUUUUGUUAUUGAUACGAUAAAAGGUUUUCUUUGCCAUUGACUGUAUAAACUUGCCGUGUAUGCCUCAAGUAAUCGCCGUCCAUGACCGCAACACGAGCAUAACGUAUUUAAGUGUCCUAACGACUGUGGUUAGCGUCCGCACUUUUAGUUUUCUAUAUGGCUUAUUUUUAAACCAAGGUGAUGGCUAUACAUAUAUAUAAUGAAUUGACCAUACUUCCACUCAAGAACCUUGCUUUUUGUAUCCCGAGAUGUCAUCCCUAUCCGUACGACUCUAAAUAUGAUCGCCCAUGUUCUCCAGUGUUUUUUUUUCCUUCCUGUUAUGAAUUUUAUCUCCCACACCGUAUGCCUUUAACAUGUCAGGACACAACCUAUUACACAUUCUUCACUAAAUUUAAUCAGUUUAAAUACGUGUAAAUAGUUUAUACAUGGGGUGAAAUCACGUUUUUCAAGGGCCAUUCAUGUUUUGAUAAAUAGUCGGUCAACAGAUUGUCUACAAGAGUCUUAGUGCGCUAGGUUCCGGGCGCAUGAUAUAUGCGGCUAUAAAAGUAUCUGUUGUGUUCCAGUGUAUUUGAAGAAGAUUUAAAAUUAGCGAGUUGCAGAAUAUUGUUUCUAGUACAGCAGCGUUGCGUGUACAGCCCUUUGCGGACGAUAUACUCCUACCACGUUUUAAUGAUGCGGCGUUUCUAAUACUGUCCUUAAUGACGUGUGUAUGAACCAUUUUGAGACAAGAUAUCAGUUUUGAAAUAAAACCACUUUUGAAGUAAAAAUUAACCAGUUUUAAAAUAAUUUCCAUUUUUGCAAAGAAAAAAACCUUUUAUGACACGAGUGUAUUUGUUUUAUUUCAAAAGUGUUAAAUUUUUUUUUCAAAAGUGGUUAGCAGGAUUACUUGAAAACUUCUCGAUCUUUCAUUUGGAAGUGAAGAUUAUUUCAAAACUGGUCUAGUUUUAUUUCAAAAGAAUUUUUUUUCAAAACUAACACAUAUUUUAAGAUUGGCUUCUUUAGAUGUGGCAUACAUGGUGAAAGGUGUAUGAUAUAGUUACUGUGAUAUUUGUGUGAGGGGGUGACCGGUGCCCCCUGUGGCAUAUUCAGGAGUCAAUUGUAGAUGAUCUGAAUUGUCUUCUCCGUCCUAACAGCUUCUUGACGAAAGUUACAUUGGCCACGGCGCCUUGUAUAUGUCCAGUUCUAAAACCGUUAUAUAUGAUUAUACAUGUAUUUACAAUCUUUAUUCCUUCCGUCGGAGAGUGAUCUGUCAGAACAUUAUGUAUCUGCCGAAACCAUUUCACGUUGGUGUCUUGUAAAGAAAGAUAAAUUCUACAAUGAUGUUUUGAUUGAUGAUAGAAAUUUCUUGGUAUAUAUGUAUUUGUUGAAUGUCUUGUUAAUUUUUGAAAUAAAUGCGGUUUUAAA